CUCAUCCUGUUAAUCCAGUUUGUGCAACAGGCUGUGUUUGGCAAAUAUGGCAACGCCAGAAUAGACACCACUGGGAUACUGUGGACGUUUGUUUUUGCAUGCUACUCUUUAUAUGCUGUAUUUCACAUUCGAGAUGGCAGAAGAGAUAUUGCUGAUCGCGGGUGUUGUGAUUGCGGUGCUGAUGAUAUUUCGUAUGUAUAUAUGUGGAGAGCGAUGCAAAAGUAAGACAAAACUGCAUGGCAAAACGGUCAUCGUUACAGGUAGUAACACGGGCAUCGGUAGAGCCACAGCGGUGGAUUUAGCGCGGAGAGGCGCUAGAGUCAUUCUGGCCUGUCGUAACCAAGUAUGCGGAGAGACUGCUGUUGCUCUGGUGCAAAGAGAGAGUGGAAGUAAAAAUGUGGUGUUCAUGCAGCUGGAUUUGGCCAGUUUGAAAUCAGUACGCUCCUUUGCAGAAACUUUCCUUAAGACAGAGAGAAGAUUGGAUAUUCUCAUCAACAAUGCAGGAGUUUAUAUGCAGGGCACUACUGAAGAUGGUCUUGGUCUUAUGUUUGGCGUCAACCACAUUGGUCACUUCCUUCUGACUAACCUGUUGUUGGACAAACUCAAAGAGUGUGCGCCAAGCCGCAUCGUCACCGUAUCUUCAUAUUUACAUAAUUUUGGUAACCUUGACUUUGACAUUCUUCGCACUCACAAGGAGUUUGGUGUAGGUGAGUCUCCUGCGAGUCUCUUCUGGAUAUAUUCACACAGCAAACUAUGCAAUGUGCUCUUCACACAUGAGCUGGCAAAGAAGCUACAAGGAACCAACGUGACCUGUUACAGCCUCCACCCAGGUGCUAUAAACUCUGAUCUCUACCGUAAUAUGAAUAAAAUGACUAGGAGGUUAUUGAAACCCAUCGCAGCUCUGUUCUUUAAGGAUGUAGAGGCCGGUGCCCAGACAACUCUACAUUGUGCUGUUCAGGAGGGCAUUGAAUCCCUGAGUGGCAGGUAUUUCUCCAACUGUGCUGUGCAGAAAGUGAAGGCCAAGGCUCAGGAUGAUGCUGUGGCCAAAAAACUGUGGGAAGUGAGUGAAACAUUAUGCGGCCUGUCCUGAAUCCACUCGAAUACUACAGCUGCUCAAGCGCAAAGAAAAUGGCGGACAGUAUACAACUGGCUGAGGGCUGAAAAAUAUAAGAUGGGACAGUCCGUCAGCGGUCGUUUCCAUUGCAGUUUUGUGAAAUAUUCUUUUUUUUUAAUUGCCUGGGAUCAAUUGGGAGUUUUUGCUAAAUUGAUGCGUUUACAUAGGCGUAUUUUCGAUUUGCACAAUUUGAAGAGUAAUGGAAACGCAGCUUGUGUCCACACACGGCUACACAAUAUGCAAACACCAUUUAACAGUGAAUUUUGCAUUCAAUGUCCCGUUUAAAGUUAAACUUGACAUAAUUGUUUACACUUGUGAUUUUCACUUGAAAUAAAGUUUUAUUCACACUGACUCUGCUGCACAGACUUUUGUAAUAUGUUUGUAAAAUUGUAAGCAGCCACUUUCUGUCCAUUUAUCACUUUGCUGCUUUGGGUUUGUUGAUUUGGGUUUGUUUUGUCUUUGUAGGGCAGGGUUUUGUUUUUGUAGCAUAUGGCCAGUUUUAAGAUUUUAUUGCAAGUGAUGAAAGUUAGUUUUUCUUAUAAGAUGAAGUAACCUGUUUGUUCCAGA